AUGAGUAGCAACGAUACUCUAACCUUCAUCAACGGCCUAACGAGCUUCUACGGUUCUCGAGCCAACGAAGUUCAAGACGCAUUGGUGGCUUCUAGAGUUCAUAUUGUGCGCUAUACGACCCUUGAGCGACAGCAGAAGCGGUACGGCAGGCAGGAGAGAAUUAGGGGCCACGUUGUGCGACCACGCAGCGGCCAUGGAGAGCUGCAUGAACUGACACACAACCCGGCGCCGGUAGAUUAUGCGCUCGCUCUCGAAAUGCACGAGCUCUGGUGUGCCUAUUGCCAAAAGAUAAUGUGCCUGGACCAAAAAGCAUUCGCGACAGUCGAUUUGCAUGGUGCACGGAUCAGGGUGCUUCGUUCAUCCAUGCCGUCAUACGUUGGAGUUGAAGGCAUAUGUGUCCGAGAUACUGCUGCGACUAUGGAGCUUGUGACCGAGGCCAAUAAACACGUCUUCGUGCCUAAGGCGUCCGUAGAUGUUGGCCUUUUUCUACCAAAUGGAUCGACUGGCAUGGUGUACCUGGUUGGGAAGCUCCUCCGAAGAAAAGGAAACAAGAAAGUCAAACGAUUUGACACAGAGCUUGACGGCCGCAUUACAUAG